CACAUUUCUAACCACAUUCCAGAAAGUAUUAAAUAUUUCUCCAUGAGUACUAUAAGUGCUAACUUUCUUUACGGGUACCAUGAGUGCUCUUGCUAUAGAUGUUUCAUUUGUAUGUUUUUAGUAUUUACAUAGUCUAAGACAAUUUCUAAGUAAAUCAUCUCGUUUGAAGUAGUGCAAAUAAUAUAGCAUUUGGAGCAGGAUCAACAUUUUAAACAAUGAAUAACAAUUUUUCGUACAGUGCGUCGCAACCAUCACGAAAUGUCCUGGCUCACGGCCUCCUACCAUAAGGAGAUCGAAAAGCAUAAAUCCACUAAAGAAGAAGGGGUCCAAACUGAUUUAGACCUUCAAAAAAGGAACGCAAUCGUUCGAAAAUCGUUAGAAAUCCUCGAAAUUACGGAUUUAGAACGUUGCACGGACGUUGAAGUUACUUUCGAGAAAAAUUUGGACUUUUCUGAAUCCGAUCAAGAGAGUUUUCAAACUCCGAGCGAUUUUCUGGAGCCAUUGAACGAGGCUGUUGUACAACAAAUCGACCAACUGAUCGCUAAACUUGGCGAUUGUGUUGGCGAGUCGAAGGAAUAGGUGUGGUCUUCGGUUUGGGGGUUUGGUUGGAUUUUUAGUCAUAGAAAAAAGCACAGUUGUGUUUUAUU